AUGAACUCAAUUAGCGAUCAAGCUUUCUGGGAAAUAUUCAGCAAACAAGAAAUAGGAGAAAUGACCUUAGAUCAAGCGAAAGACCAACUGUGGGAUGUAUUCAAGCAGAAAGCUAUUGGAGCAAUGGCAUCGGAGUCAACUGAGACCUCACUUGGGGAACUAAAGUCUCACAUCAACGAUGUCCUGAGAAAGCUGGAACAACUGUUGUCAUCGCGCUCUCGCCCUGAUCAAGAACACACCCUGCAAUCUAUACCAGCAGAACUACGCAAGCAAAUAUUCGGCUAUUUGCUAAUUAAUCCUGAACUGGGAGAAGCAUCCGCCAUAUCUCAAAGCAAAGCAUACGGAGGCAACGUGCGACGGCAAGACCCAGCUGACGGAAAUGUGGCAAAGACCGGCACUGUUUGGAAGUCUCUAUUGAUGAACGUCCCAGCUUUACAACACGUCAGAAGAUGGAAGAUAGUUCUGAAUGCAAUGUAUUUUCCCUAUACACAAGAUUUCGAACCGCGCAGCCGAUACGAGCUUCGAGCAUUUUGUCGAUUGUUGUGUGAGUUUCAAGCUCGCACGAGGAUAUUGAAAGAGCUAGAGGUAGUCAUCAUUCCCAAUGGCUUGGAACGCGAUGGAUAUCCAGAUCCGAGUGAGCUGCAACGCAGUCUAUUUCCCCUUGAGCUACUACGCAACGUCCCCAAAGUAACGAUACGAACCGCAAACAUUGCCGAAAUGCCGGACUUCAUAUGCAGCGACGAUUGGCAUGUUCAUCCACUGGUAACGCAAUCGAUACUACCUUCGUCGGUUUAUAGAAAACAUUUGAUUAAACUAGCGAGGGGAAACACGGAAGUUGAGCUAUCCACAAAAAUGUUCGCUGCUCUCGAAAGAUACGCAAUGACUUUUGAGAGAGAUCCUGUGUUUAAAAAGGAUAUGGGUAUGAGCUCGGAUGAUUUUGUCCAUAAAACGAACCGCGACAUGAUAAAAUUGAAGGAGAAUCCAUUCUGGAACGGCAUUUUCCAUCCCAAGGGAAACGCCCAUACACUUGAAUAUACGCUCGGAAGAGCUAGAUAUUGGGCAGAAUGGGAUUACCGUGAAACUAUCACCACCAAACACUUCAAGCGGGAGCGAAGUAAGGUCCUUAAGUAUCUGGAGAAUCAAUUCUGCGCGGUCAGAGCUGCUUCGGAUCGACUGGUCGACUUCGUGAAACUAGAAAAGCGAGAUGGUGGCAUCUUUUUGCCUUUCGAUCUCCAUGAAUCGUUCGACUUAGUAUCUUAUACUGAAGCUUUAGUAUUGCUCGAAGAGUACGCCGAGUCGUUCACUCGCGAACUAGAUCCAUCGACCAAGUCGGCAAUUCGCGUUGGAGGAGCUCUUUUUAAGGCUCGCUACGAGCUCUUGCCAAGGGAAUUAUGGCUCAAAGGGUGCGACAUAGCUUACCAAUUGCGAGAUACAGACAAAUUCUUCUUACAUUUUCGAAGUGCCGUUGAGGAUAUGGAUAGGCAAUAUCGAGAAAUGCUCGAGGCCAGGGCUCUUUUGUUUGAAUGGGAUCUAAGCGAUACCAUUCCGGAUGUUGAAAUCAGACCGCUAACGGCACUUAAGGACUGGGAAAUCCAAUGGGAGAUGCCAGAGCCGGCAAUCACGGUUCUGACAAAAUCAGAGAUGUCUAACGUUUAUCCUGAUUUCUUUGAGCAAAACACUGGAUGGGCUGUCGCAGUUGCUGAUACAUAUAGUUCGGAACAGGGAGAGGUUCAAGACGAAGAUGAUAUUCCCGAAGACAGCACGAACCUCCAGCAUGAUGACGAUCUACCAAACGACUCCGAUUCGGAACACGAAGCCCCGGAUCUAACCGCCUGGGAGGCAUUGCCAUUUUUCGAAGACGACGAGUUUUAUAUACAAACUUAUCAGGUCGAUAACAACAACUCCCAGUCGCCCUUGGCCGAUAAUAUCCAUGCUGGUACAAAUGAAGGUUCAGAGUACGACUACUACGAGGAAACUUUCAGGGAUCAUCCGGAUGACGAGAGCUUGUAUUUAAAUACUGAGCAAGAGGAUCAUGGUUGUACAAAAAUAGUCGGAUCUAUUCACGAUCAUGUCAAUACCGGCGGCUCUAUUUUUCAUGUCCUUCCGUGGCUCGCGGAUUUGCACAAUUGA